AUUCAUUAUUCUCUAGAAAUGUACUCAAUACAGUGUUUAGUAAGAAACCGAUACACAGAAACCAGCCUCUUCCGCAUUCUGAAAACAUUGAGUCAGUCCAGCUAAUAGUUGUUUAUUUGGGGAUGCACUAUCAAUAUCACACACACGUCGGCGGGAACGUCAGGUCUUCACGGGUCCCGGCACGACAGGCAGUAACGUCUACACGGGUACGAGUUGUCUUUACUUCUUGACACAUAUAUACCGAGACUUGGGGCAACAUGGUGUUGACUUGGAUUCUGUUGAUCUGUGUAUCAUUUAAAGUGGGGAGUAAUGGGGCUGUUGAUGAUAUUUGCCAUCAUAUUCAAAGCUGUUGUUUGGAUGAGGACAAACUCUGUCAAACUGACAUAUCGUCAGAUAUAUGCAAAGUCAACUGCGGUAAAUAUCAUGACUGUUCCUCAAAUCACGUUCGACUUUCGAGAGUGGGGACUGAAUGUCAAAACUAUUGUACAACUGACCUUGAAAAAUGCAAUGUCGAAUGUAUGACUGGUUAUUACGGUAGCAAAUGCCAUUUUGGGUGCAGUGAUAGAUGUGUCCAGCGAAAGUGCCACAAAGAUAAUGGCACUUGCAACUUUGGAUGCAAGAGAGGCAGCUUUGGACAGACAUGUGGUUCCACAUGUAACCCUAACUGCAAGGAUAGAACAUGUCACAGGGGUAACGGAAGCUGCCUUCGUGGGUGUUCAGCUGGCUAUUACGGUGCAGAUUGUCUAAAUAAAUGUCCAACAUCAUGUCGGUAUCGAGUCUGCGAUGUGGAGAAUGGGGACUGUCUUUUCGGAUGCACUGAGGGGUUCUAUGGGUCUGACUGUCCACAUUCUUGCCCAGACGAUUGCUCUCUGUGUCAUCCUGAAACUGGAAAAUGCAUCUUUGAACACAUUCCCGUGAUCGAGGGUAUGUCUUGCACCACGAAGAUGCUCGUUGUCUUUUGGGGGUCGGCAGGGGCAUUCCUCCUCCUUGCUGGAGCGGCAGUGUGCAUGUACAGGAGUCAAGCUUGUAGUUUCAGUCUCAAGAAAAAGAAGAAAGGAUUAGACACGCUGUUCAUAGAUGAUAGAGCGCCAAUGGACAUUCCGAAUAAAUCCAGCCAGGACACCAGAUCCAGCCACUAUGAAGAAAUCCUGUGUAGUGAUGCAGACAGUCACUUUCAGCAUAUCAGUAAAAGUACAGGCAGUAUAAACCUGAGGACCUUGAUCAGCACCAUGAAGUACCCCAACCAAUGCAGCAACUCCAAGCGUAAACGCACCAGGGCCGAUGCCGGGAGGAACGCUACGUCCCUGGUAUCAUCUGUACACACGCUCAACAAUAUUCCCUCGUUCUGGGUAGGAUCGGAGACGGAUGUUAAUGAAAUGUCGGAACAUCCUAAUAAGGAGGAAGAACCUCUUGAAAAAUCCCAUCAAGCUUCCCAGAGGGAAGUCGUACGGUUUUCUGAUGCCCUGGGUGGUGAUGAAGCAGAAGGUUUGGAUACAUCAUUGAAAGGAACGGAGGGAGAAAGCAAGUCAGAGUGUGACGAUGUGUCAAGUGAGGACCAUGGCAAGAGAGUCUACAUCUCCGCUAUUUUCAAUAAAAAGGAUGACGCUACGAUGGUCCAUGUCCCAUGUGAUGGAAUAUAUCCGGGACUGAAAAAGACAGACUAAACUGCCCAGUUUACUUUCUAAAAUAUUUUAUAGUGUACAGCUUGCAGAUAUUUGUGCUAAAGAUGAUUGCAACCCUCAAAUCUCAUUUCCUACCCCGAAGUAUUUAUGUUGAUGAGUUAUACAGCCGUUUCAUCAUGAA